AUGGGUCACAAUAAUUUCGGAUGUAUGUACCAACUGACGUUGUGUUCCACAGAUGCAGCUUCGAGGCUGGAUCCGUGUACUGGUAUGGAAAUGGUUGAAGCUGGACACUGCUACCUGGUCAGCAUGCGCCACGGAGUUGACCCAAUUGAGUCGGAUAUAAAGAAACUUGACACUGCUACGCUUUUGGAAAGUGCCGCGGGGUUCAGCCAAUUGAGUCGGAUGAAAAAGAUCAUUGCUACCUGGUUAGCAUGUGCCACGGAGUUGAGCCAAUUGAGUCGGAUGAAAACGGAUACAGAUGCAGCUUCGAGGCUGGAUCCGUGUACUGGUAUGGAAUUGGUUGAGGAAGUGGACUGUUACCUGGUUAGCAUGUGCCACGGAGUUGAACCAAUUGAGUCGGAUGAAAAUGGAAUCGGAUAUGAAGAAAUUAAGGCGAGAUGGGUCAGAAUUCUCAUAGAAGUAUGUACCGAAUGA